GUAACAGCUAAAUAAAAUCCUUCACGUGCACUUUUGUAGACACUGUGCUCUUUAUUUUCUUAUACAUAUAUAGUAGGAAUUUUGUGACGUUUAAAUGACAUGUCAGAUUAUUAUGUAUCGUGACUUACUGAUAAUUCCUUUAACUUUUAGCCGAGACAUUCUUCAUAAUUUCAUCGUAGGAUAGCAAAACGACAAAGCGCGCUACCGCUUAAUAUAGUAGUAAUUUUAGGUUAAAUCUUGUAGUAUUUAUUAAAAAAUAAAAACAUGCGCGCAACUAUCGCAAUAUUGUGCGUCUUCCUCGGUUGUUGCAGCAACGUUGUUUUCUUGGAACUACUUGUUAAAGAUGAUCCAGGUAGUGGAAAUCUUAUUACAUUUUCACAAUUCCUCUUUAUAUCUAUAGAAGGAUUUUUAUUUACUUCAAAAUGUGGAACCGUCAAGCCCAAUGUAGGAAUAAAGGACUAUUUUAUAUUAGUAACAAUGUUUUUUGUUGCAAACGUUUGUAACAAUUAUGCAUUUGAUUUUAACAUACCUAUGCCGUUGCAUAUGAUAUUCAGAGCUGGUUCUCUGAUAGCUAAUAUGAUUAUGGGUAUUAUUAUUUUAAAGAAACAAUAUAUCUUUAGUAAAUACUUGUCAGUAUUUAUGAUAACUGUUGGAAUUGCUAUAUGCACUGUUGUCAGUGGCAAAGAAAUAAAAUCUUUGCAACCUGUGAAUGUUGCUAAAGUACCUACAACACCAUGGGAUGAUUUCUUUUGGUGGAUAUUAGGUAUAUCAUUACUGACUAUUGCAUUAUUUGUAUCUGCAAGAAUGGGUAUUUACCAAGAAGUAUUGCAUAAGAAGUAUGGAAAGAAUGCGAGAGAAGCUUUAUACUACACGCAUUUACUGCCCUUACCAUUCUUUUUAACACUGGCUCCUAAUAUUUGGGAUCAUUUCACGUAUGCUUUAUCAUCAGAGCCAAUGCAAAUUAUUAAUCUACAAAUUCCAAAAUUGAUCGUAUAUCUCAUAGGAAAUGUUCUUACACAAUAUGUGUGCAUUAGUUCCGUUUUUGUAUUAACAGCGGAAUGCACAUCUCUCACAGUGACUUUAGUAAUAACGUUACGAAAAUUUUUGUCUUUAAUCUUUUCAAUAAUAUAUUUCAAAAACUCUUUUACAAUAUAUCACUGGAUUGGUACAAUUUUAGUCUUUUUAGGAACAAUAAUAUUUACAGAAGUAAUACCAAAAAUUGCAGAAAAUAUACAACCUACAAAAAAGACUAAGAAAGUCCAAUAAUAAAUAAAAUUGUUAAAAAAUGAAGAUGAAGUGAACAAUACUUUAUACAAUAAUGAAUAAAAGAUCUUAUGAAUGAAUUUAUAAUAAAAAACAGAAUUUUUCAUUUUUUUCAAGGCAUUUUGUAAAGUUAUUGAAUAAACAUUAUUUUUCUAUAAAUUUCUAUAACUAAAAUUCAUGUAAAUUUAAAUAACACUUUUUUUCAAAUUUAUAUAUAUUCAAUUUAUUAAAAAAAUAACAAAAUUGAUAUUUAUCAAUUUUAUUAAACGUUCCUAACCUUUUUUUAUCACUGAUGUUUUGAGUUGAUCUAUUCAAUGAUAUUAUCAAAGAUGUUAUAACUAUAUAAAUUUCUUUUGCAUAAGUAAAACUUUUCAUGAUACUUUUCAGAUAAACUUUUCAGAUAAACUUACUUGGAACUAAUUUUUCACAAAUAAAAAAUUAUGGAUGAGAUUUUUAUGAAUUUGCUGUGAUAUGAAUAUUACAGUCUUUACUAUAGCUCUAAUAGAUGACUUAAAAAUAGCAAAUUUAGAUUUACAAUAUUAAGAUGGAUAAAAAAUUAAAUAGUAAAUGAUAAAUAAUAAAUUGUAGUAUUAUUAAAAUUAAGCUUAAAGUAUAUGUAUAUGUAUAUAUAUGAUGAUAUAUAGUAAUACGGUAUGCAGAAUGUUUUGUAAAAAAAGAAAUAUGUAUCUCGGCUAUUAUGUAUCGAUAUCAAUCAAAUUGAAAUUUGAAUAAUCUGUUUUAUAUCUGUUUUAUAAUUACCCUGUAUAUUUUUUUUAUUUGAAAAAGAUUAUAUACUGUCACAAUUUGUAAUGUUACUAUGAUUUUCUAUAACAUAUAUAAUAUUUUAUGAAUAUCAUGAAGUCUGAAUUUUGAAUCACAGAAAUGUACAUGUAUGUUUUUUAUUAUGCUAUUAAUCUUGGUAUUGAUAACACAAAAUUGUUUUAACGGUACAAGUAUAUUUUUGUUGAUGGGAUAUAUCUUAUACAAUACAUACAUUUGUUUCUAUCUAAUAAUAAUUUAUAUUCAAUGUUAGGUUUCGUUACGAAUGCUAUGCUAUCGUAUAUUUGCCAAUAAAAGCUCGUUAAUCACAAACUUGUCUCAAAAACAAAAGAAUUUAAAAUUACAUAUAUUAAUGAUAUUAAAAUAAAUUUUAUAUUUGCUACAUAUAAAUCUAUACAUAUAAAUCUAAUUAUAUUACAAGAGGUACUACAUUUAGUGCCUUCGAAUUUAACAUUUACGUUAAUAACGAUAAAAAUAAUAUAAACAAUAUAAUAUAAAGAGAAGUAUAAUUAAUGACAGAACUAUCCGUAUUUGAGUUAAACAUACUUUUUAAAAACAGAUACACAAUUUCUGUAUAAAUGUACAAAAAAGUAAGAAAAUAACGCUAAAACUGAAAAAAACUGAGCUGACAUUCCUUUAGUAUGAUUAAAGAAUGACCUUUUGUAUGACACA